CUCAAUCCCCGCAUCAUUACCCGCCUCUUUUCCCUCUUUUUCUUUUUCCCCCUUUUACUUUUUCUUUUUAUUUUUAUUUUUUGACCUUCAAUUUUUGGGUGUAAAAGAGAGGGAACCAAACAAGGGUUUAUAAUUUAUAAAUAGCACUUGAAAGUUGAAACCCAACAACAUUGGAUAAAAACAGAACACCCCCCAAACUUCAUUCCUCUGUCUUUUUUUUUAGCAAUGGCAUCCAAUGUAAGAUGCAUUUUUUACUUGUUGUUAGCCAUAUCUUUUUGUCUUGAAACCCAAGCUAGAGAUAGCAAAUUGUUUAGCAAAGUUACCAAAGUAAAUGAAGAAUCCAUUACCAUUUCUCCUACACAAGCACCAAUGUUAGCUCCUUCGCCGUCGCCCGAACCCGAGGUUGUUGAACAUGGGUACGGGCUUUACGGGCAGGAGGAGACUUACCAAAACAAGUUUGAGUAUCCUCCUACCACCACUAACCCCACUAAAACAGACAAGUUUGUUCCUGCUGAGGAGUUUAGCAAGAAUAACUUUAAGGAGUUUGGGAUGGGGUAUUCCAAUGACAACUUCAAUGGGAAUGGGAAUGGGAAUGGGAAUGGGAAUGGGAAUGAGAAGCAAGGGAUGAGUGAUACUAGAUUUUUGGAGAAUGGUAAGUAUUAUUAUGAUGUUGACCAACAAGUCAAGGAAGAAAAUAAAGGGAAUGGGUAUGGGUAUGGGUAUGGGUAUGGGUAUGUUAGUGAGAAGCAAGGAAUGAGUGAUACUAGAUUUUUGGAGAAUGGGAAAUACUUUCAUGAUAUAAAAAAUGAGGGUAUAAAUGGUCAUUUCAACAACUAUGAGAAUGAGAAAUUUGAGGCAGUUGAUGAUGAUAAUGAGGAGGAGGAAAAAUAUGGUCAUUACAACACUAACAACUAUGAGAAUGGGUAUGGGUAUGUUAGUCAUGAAAAGCAAGGAAUGAGUGACACUAGAUUUUUGGAGAAUGGCAAGUACUUUCAUGAUAUUAGUGAACAAGGUCAAAAAGUUCACUUUAACAACAACAACAACAACAACAACAACAACAACUACGAGAACGAGAACGAGAAUGGGAAGUACGUCUACCAUGCCAAAAACGACCAUGGAGUUGGAGAUGAUGUAGGUUUCCACCGCAAUAACAACGUUGAGUUUGCCAACUCUUACUACGGAAACGGAAACGGAAACGGAAACGGAAACAAUGAGUACGGAACACAAGGAAGAGGAAGGUAUAAUAAUUACAAUUACAAUUACAAUGGUAAUAAUGAAAAUCAUGUGAAAGAAGGUAAGAAUGGUGGGAACACAAAGAAGUUCCCUAAUGAGUAUGACACCAUGGAAGAGUAUGAUAGGGAACAAGGGUAUGUUGAUGUUCAUGAAGAUGGAUUUAUGCCAUGAUUAAAUUUAUUGUGUAGAUUUAUGUCUAAGAUAAAAUGAUUAUAGUGUUGGGAAAUAUUUUGCUAUACUUUUUUUGUUUUUAAGUUAUCAAAUUAAGAUUCAUGUAUGAGUCUUUUAGUUUCUUGUGUAAGCUCAAGUUAGCUGCAGUUUAUGUAAAUUUCUCAUCUGAGAAAUACAACUUUGAAAACAAAAAUUUCUUGUCAAGUUUUUUUUGACAGGAAUUUCCCUUGUUAUUA